AUGCCACUCGAGUGGCGCGGCUCCUGCAUGGUUUAUUUCACAAUAUUGACCAUGGCAUUUUGGAGAGAUAGUACCAGACGUUUCACCUUGAUUAUCAUCGCUGCAUACUGGUUCUAUGUCGGACAGUGGGAUCUUUUCGCAUUCAUUGGGGGCCUUUUCCUCGCAGAACGACAUGUCGCCUUGGAAAGCCCCAGCUCAAACGGCGAAAUUCAUCUACCUUGUGACGACCAGGUCAAGAAGCUCGACAUUCCAUUAGCAUGGAAAGUCUUUAUUUCAUCGCCCUAUUUUCGCAUGUUUUACACCAGCUGCUGUUUCAUAUUUGGGGUCUACCUUAUGUGCAUCGGUAACGAACGGGAAUUGACAAUCGAGCAUCGGUGGUUGCUCUAUAUCCAGCCUGGGUACUGGGAUGACGCCGAAUUCAUGACUAGAUGCUGGAGAACUCUGGGUGCUUUGCUUGUUGUUUAUGCUAUCGGCCGAUCCUCCUUCCUUCAAUAUGCACUGAAUACCAGACCAGCACAAUACCUGGGUAAGGUUUCUUUUGCAGUUUACCUGCUGCACCUGAACAUCUGGUACAGUAUAAAAAUACCAACCCGAGAUGCUAUGUGGUAUUUUAUCACACAUGAACCUUACCCUGGAACUGAAGAAGCCAUGAAUCGUCCUUUAGCGUUUUGGCCAGCUUGGUGGGGCGCCAUUCUCACUUGUACUGUCAUCAUGUUCGUGGUGGCUCAUCUGUGGUCGAAAUUCAUUGACAAGAAGAGCCUCCAGGUGGGCAGGAAAUUUGACAAAUGGGUCAAUGUCACAUAG